AUGCAUUUUGAGUGGUUACAGAAAGCAUUUGCCCCGUUAGGGGUAGAAAUAGGGACUAAGGAGGAAGUUCUGCAUGGUGUAUUAGUGGGAACAAAAGGUAGGAAAGAAUGGAGAUUUACGGCAAAUCUUGAGAUAAGUAUUGCAGAUCUUUGCUAUGAAUUACAACGACAAAUGAAAGUAAAUCAAGUUACUGCGAAUGUAAGUGCAAGUGGUACAAAGUUAGUUGAUGCUGAGGAUGGAUUGCAUUUGAUAGUGGAUGGUAAGCAUGUUUUGUUUGUAGAGCGAGAGAGUGUCUGUUUGCCGGUUUAUCCACUUAAUGGCGAAAGGGAAGAGACUGGGAGUAGGCAAGGGAUUAUUCUUAAACGAGUUGGUACUAAACAACGAGUAUGUGAUAUCUGUAAAAGUAAUGUGUCCGUUUAUAAGAAGAGGUAUGAUAUCAUGUUGCCACCAACAGUUAAACUCUUAUGCGCACCCUGCUACCAUGAAUUUCAUUGGACUAAGUCGGGUGAGCAGAUCUAUACUGGCUUUGUAUAUGAUAUGAAUAAUUGA